AUGGACUUCAUCGAUUUGAACAACGCUUGUCCUAAGGAUAGCUUCCCCCUGCCACCUAUUAACCUGAUCGUCGACUCAAUAGCAGGCCACAAUGUGUUGAGUUUCAUGGACACCUACUUUAGAUAUAACCAGAUACAUAUGAGCCUGGAAUAUGAAGAGAAGAUUAUAGGGCGCAAUGUGGAGGUGUACAUCGACAACCUCUUGGUUAAAAUUUGGGACCCUAAAGGUCAUUCAGAUGAUUUACAGGAAGCUUUUGUCAUCCUCUGGAAGUAUGGGAUGAAGCUUAACCCCACGAAAUGCACGUUUGGGGUUGGGUUGGGGAAGUUCUUGGGGUUCAUGGCCUUAGAGAGAGGGAUAGAGGUGAAUGUGAAGAAGAUUCAAGCCAUGCUCGACAUGAAGUCCCCCGAACCCUGA